UAACAUUUUAUUGAUUUUUCACGUUUUGACAAAAAUGGUUGACAUAAAUGUUUAUAAUAGCAAUUUUUAAAUGAUUUACACGGUUAAAUAAUGGAAGAUAUUAAUGAGAAAACGUGUAGAAUAUGUUUUCAAACCAAAGAAGUAGUAUUUCCUUUGUUCGAAAAGCAAGCUGGAAGCGAUGUUUCACAUUAUGAAAGACUUGUAAAAAAGACGAAAUUACAGAUUGAAGUAGAUGAUAUUGGUCCUACUUCUAUUUGUUCCGAGUGCCUCACUGAGCUGGACACAACAGUGACUUUCUUGGAAAAAUGCGAGCGUUCUAAUCGAGUGCUAGCAGCUACUUAUGUGAGAGGAUUUAAUGAUUACUCUAACUUCAGAUUUGAGACUACUGGAGUGGAAUAUAUUGAAUACAGGGUAGUUGAGACUCCGGAGGAAUCAAGUACACCGAGAGGUGAAGAGCAAAGCGAAGAACCAGUCGGAGGACUUCGUAGACACGUAUCAAGUUGUUCCCAAUGCGGUUCCAAACGGCGUUGUCGUCACAGAGCCCAGUCCUCUCACACAUGCCAGUUUUGCUCUAAAGUAUUUACUAGAAAAUUCAAUUUCCUGUUACAUGUCAAACGUCACUUAGGACAGCGUGAUUGGACAUGCCCGGGCUGUGGUGCAUUACAAUUGACACGUUGGCAUGCUGAGCGCCACUGCAAGCCCAAGACACGCCACGUGUGCUCUGUCUUGGGUUGCGGUAAGAUGUUCACAACAAAGACGAAUCUCAACAUUCAUGUACGGACACACAAUGGUGAACGCCCCUUUGAGUGCAGCCACUGCAAAAAGACAUUCACAAGCAAGAAUACUUUAAAGGAUCACAUUAGGAUUCACACGGGAGAGAAACCGUACAUGUGUCCCGUGUGCGGCCAGCAGUUCGCUACCAACAAGCUGUCGAGCCACAUGUGGCGGCACCGCAGGCCCGGGCUCCGGCCCCGCGCUCCCCGGGCGCCGCCCCCCGCGCCCGUCGCCUGCUUGUACUGCGGCGCCAAGUACCACCAUCGUCAGUCGCUCAACAAGCACGUAAAGAAGCAACAUCAACAGAAGCCGGCGACACAAACGGACGCCGCCGGGGGCGAGGGGGCGGGGGCGGGGGCGGGGGCGGGGGGCGGGGCCAGCUGUAGCCGCGCACACCCGGGGCUGUCCACUAGUGCAGCCGCCGCAGAGAACUGAUCUGGUCUAUAGGCUGAGCCGCGGGGAUGUGCGAGUCGGCGGCGCCACGUGAGGAGCACGUUGAGAUGGUCGCGAAACGUGUGGCUACUAUUUAGACGCGACAGUAAUAGUCUAUAUCUUUAAAAACUAUACGAAGUAGCUUCGAUAAAUUAUACAUAAAUCACACACAAAAACUUUUAAAUAUAUUAAAUCUAUAGAACUUCAUUAUUCAAGGCGUAUAUUACAAUCGCUUUUGCCGAAGCUUUAAAAUUUGAACAUCUUGGUUUCCCAUCGUCCCCGGACUACCAGGUGGCUUGUUAGCCCCGGGGAUCACCGGGGAGGCGGUGUAGCCCAGAGGCAACUGGAUUCUCAAAUAUAUUAAGUGUAUAAUCUAUGAACUGGAUCAGACUGUGAUGCGCGCGCCGCGUACAUCCUGGGCGGUGAGUGUUCGCGGCCAACAAGAGCGCACAUUGUACACAAAUGUACUAUGGCUCCUGCAUAUUUUGUUACCAACUCAUCAAUCAUUUUAUGAAUUUAGAAUCUUCUAAAAUAACAAAAUAUAUGCAAUUUGAUCUGCCGCCGUUAGACGUUCGGCAACUCACAUUUUACAAUAUAAUAUAUAGAAGGCUAUCUCUUUUAUAGGAAUAGCCAAAAUCUUAGUUAAAUAAUACAAAAAGAUAUAUAUCGAACGCAACUGUCACGCGGCCCCCGCCUCGUGGUGACUCGAGAUGUCGCCAGCAACAAUUGCUAAAAAGUUAUUCUUCUAAUGGCGCGGCGUUCACACUUCCACGCAGCGAGAACAGACGCACAAGUGUGUACACAAGUGUCUGCGAGUGUAGACCAGACGAGUUGCGACUGCUCGGAACUAGAUGGCGCCGGCGUCGCUCCGCGGCACAGGGGUCCGGCGCGUGCGGCCCGCGACACCAUAUUUAAUAUAAUAAUAUAUGUGUUGUAUUUUAUGGAUCUCAUAUAAAAAGCCAAAUUAAAACAAAUUACCAAAGAAUUUGUAUAAAAUUAAACAUGCUUUAUUUGUAUGGCGUGUAAUAUUUGUAAAAAAAAUAUAUAUAAUAGUUUAACUCUAAAUUAUAUUUCUUGUACUAUUUCAAUGAUAGAUUAGACUACACUCAAUACAAAAGAAUGUAUUGUAACUUUAGCACUGUAACAAAGUGAGCUAUUAUAGUCUUAGUUACUGGUAAUGACACGAAGAUGGGUUUCUUAAUUGGAAUAUAUUACAUGCGGCGGUAAUUAAAACCAAUUUGAACGUAACAUAAUUGUCUUAUGUUUAAAUAUAUUUCGCACCUUUACAAUUAUAGAGACCCAACCCAAAAAAGGCUUUUUUUGGAAAACAACGAAUAAUAUUUUCAAACUGGAAGGGGACCGAUGGGUAGGUCCCUUUUAAGCCAUUUUUGGUCAUUUGAUUGUUAAGAGUCGCUGAAAGGUCCAUUUUUGAAUUAAAGUCUAAAUCUCUUACUGAUGGUAGGACCUCUUGUGAGUCAACGCCGGUAGGUACCACCACCCCGCCUAUUUCUGCCG